CCUCCACGGGUGACCACGUGACCCGACACGAGAGCGCACGCGCGCGCGCGCGACCGCCACCGACCGAUCGCGAAAGAUUCGGCAGCAAUUAAAAGAAAGUUCGCGCGUUUAAACGUUACGAAUACAGUAUAUAAUAACAAUAUCAGCAAACACGCUAAUAAUAGUCAUGCAAUAUUACUGUCGUAGUAAGUAGCAGUAAUCGACAGCUGUCCUGAUUAAUUGACAUGUUUUUUUUUGUUGAGGGAUAAAACACACCCAUAUUUAUACGUUUGAAAUUUUAAAACAAAAAUUAUAAUCGCAGGUGCGAGCGUAAGCUAAAGGCGUUUGUGAGGUAAAUAUAUAUCUUGCCAAAAUGAGCAGCGGUUACAGCAGCCUGGACGACGAUGUGGAGAUGGAGCAAUUCUUCACCGCGAAGCCUACAUUCAUACAGCGAGCAAGGAAUCGCUUCAUCUUGGAAAAGCAGGACAGCAAGAAGGUAAUUGAGGAAGUGUCAGAGAAAACCUCCACGUGCGGCGUGGACCUGAAAGCGAAGAUCUCCGAAUUCAACAGCCAAGUGGACAAUGGCAUGGUCAUUACACUGCAAGCCGACGACUCCUACACGGGCUUCAUCCGCGUGCACAUGUCUCUAUCGCGUCCCAUCUCGGUGGAGAGCGGCAAGCGGCCGCCCUCCAUCUACGAGGCGCUGCGGAGUGGCGCGGGCGCCGGCGGCGCCGCCGGCGGCGGCGGCGGCGGCGGCGCGACGGCGUCUUCGCUGUCGGUCAGUGCGGGCCUGCGGCGGCGCACGUCCUUCUACCUGCCGCACGACGCGGUGAAGCAGCUGCACGUAAGCAGCGCCACGACGGCGCGCGAGGUGAUCGAGGCACUGCUGCGCAAGUUCAUGGUGCUCGACAGCCCCCGCAAGUUCGCUAUCUUCCAGAGGUGCGAGAGCAACGGGCAAGUCACCCUACGUAAGAUGGCCGACACGGAGCACCCCCUCUACCUGAGGCUGAUGUCAGGCCCCGACUGUGACGCCAUGCGCUUCCUGCUCAAGGAGAACUUCAGCGAGGACGUUGAGUGGGAUGCCUUUAGCCUUCCCGAGCUGCACAACUUCCUCAGAAUCCUGGACAAGGAGGAGCGGAAACACGCCGAGGUUGUGAGCCGCAAUUACGCUCGCUACCGGGACCGCCUGCGCACCACCCUGGCAGACAAGUUGCCCACCUAGGGGGGGCCGCCCCCCACCCCCGCCGCCCCCCUCCGCCGCCAUCGUCGUCCCACACCGGCCUCGAUCGUCCGCGCUUCACGUCAGCCGAGGAGAGCGACGUUCAGUUCAGUGGCCGUGAAGCUCCCGGCGGUCAACGAUUCUGAGCCGUUCGAAUGUUGUGGGCUUCGGCCACUCGACUACGACUCAGCCGGUGUUUUCAAGCGUAGUGAAUCGAUUGUCUCAUCCCCGUUACCAAUGACGGCACCAAAAAAAAAUCAUUGAAUUUGGUUCUGCUAAUUUAAGUUACUUUUUAGCUCUGGGGAAUUAAAAUAUCGGUUUGACUUUUA